UCUUAUUCAAAUCCUUCAGCUUAUUCCUGGAUUCCUCGGUAGUAUAUUCCCUUAUUCUUAUAUUAUGUUAGUUUACUCAGGUAUAAGAAUAUUGCCUAUUAGGAAAGGUCCAGUGUGGGAGGCGGAGUGAAUAUCCGUCUCCUAUGAGCAAAUCACACAUGUCAGUGUACCACUACCACAACAAAUCCCAAGAGAAAUCCAUAGUAAAUGCCCACAGCGGGCCUCACGAUGUGUUUUAGAUUAGUUUCCACCCAGUACUUUCACCCCUUUAGUCAGCGGUCUUGACAUGGGUCUUCUCGGGUUCUGACGAGCCAGAUGAUACUCUUUCCCGGGCGGUGGGUGACCCAACAUACAGACCACUGGAGAAAGGGAGGAGCUUCAUUCUACGCCCGUGUAACCAACGAGUCGUUUAACUCGCUCCGCAGUUUGAAUAAGCUCAGUUCAACGACGACCGUUAAGAGAAUUCUCAAUCUGCUCUACAUGUGCCGGUUAGGACAGCUUUAAAGUCUCCUGCCCUAUCGAGGUAUAUUGCGACUCAUUUCUUGGUUUAAAAGAUCGAGGAAUGAUAUGGCGGAUCGGAUACCGAUUCUCAAUCUGCUCUAUAUGUGCCGGUCAAGACGGCUUCAAAGUCUCCUGCCCUGUCGAGGUAUAUUACGACUCAUUUCUUGGUUUGAAAGAUCGAGGAAUGAUAUGGCGGAUCGGAUACCGAUUCUCAAUCUGCUCUAUAUGUGCCGGUCAAGACGGCUUCAAAGUCUCCUGCCCUAUCGAGGUAUAUUACGACUCAUUUCUUGGUUUGAAAGAUCGAGGAAUGAUAUAGCGGAUCGGAUACCGAUUCUCAAUCUGCUCUACAUGUACCAGUCAAGACGGCUUCAAAGUCUCCUGCCCUGUCGAGGUAUAUUGCGACUCAUUUCUUGGUUUGAAAGAUCGAGGAAUGAUAUGGCGGAUCGGAUACCGAUCAUGUAUCAAUGUUGCGAGGGCAAAAGUAAAUAAUACGGCUGGAGGGUCUGACGGUAUUUCGGAUACGAUGUCCGGAUUCUCUGAAGGUCGAAGGAGUCGACUUCCGCCUAUAUAUGUCUACCCGGCGAGCCCUCUAGUCUACCUGCAAACGGUUAACUCACAUUCUUCAACAUGUCUCUCUCCAAUAUGAUUCUGAAAUCUGCGCGAACUGGCCCUCGAUUGCCACGUUCUUUCGUAGCAAGCAAUACCUCUAAAUCAGCACAUUCAUUCUCAUUACCCUCCUUACUUCCUUUAAAUGCCUCUUUCCAAAGACAUUCCAUGGCGACCGUAUCCGAUCCACCCCACCCAAGAAUGCCACCCUACCACAAGGCAACCACCGGAAACCUGCGCACAUUCGUCCUUCCAGACAAAGUCAAAGCCAACGACGAAAAUACUAGCAUGGCAAAAGACAUGAUCAAAGAGUGGCGCGAAACCGGCAUCUUCCAAAUACAGAUGACGACCGCUCAGCAAGCCAUGCUAUCAGAUUGUUUCGAGACAUCUAAGCAAUUCUUCCGUCGUUCGCACGAAGAGAAGGCAAAGCAUGUCGACGACCAAAGCUUUGCUGGUUACAUCGCUUCGGGCGAAGAGAUUACUGACGGCAUUGCUGAUUACUCUGAAAUCUUCACCGUUACCAAAGAUCUGCCAGAAACAGAUGUUCGGGUCAAGGAGAAGUGGCCUUGUCACGGUCCAACGCCUUGGCCCAACGAGCAGUACAAAAGUCAGAUGGAUCAGCUGAUGAAGCUUCUCGGAGACUCGGGCGAGAAGCUUUUGAAACUCGUGGGCUUGGGACUCGGUCUCAAGGAUCCAGAUGCGUUGCUCAACUUGACUGAAGAUGGAUGGCAUCACAUGCGAGUCCUACGAUUCCCACAUGUGGAGAAGACGAACGGAAAGGGUAAGCGAGGUCGUGGUAUCGGCUCGCAUACUGAUUACGGGCUCCUGGUCAUCGCUGGCCAGGAUGAAGUUGGCGGCUUGUUCGUCCGACCAAAGAUUCAGGGAGAAAGCAUCAAGAACUGGGAGACAUCUGCUGCUGGCUUGAACGAAAACGAUGAUAAGUGGCUGUUUGUGCCUCCUGUGCCCAAUACCCUCACAGUAUUCCCAGGCGACAUGAUGCAGCUCAUAACGAAUGACUAUCUGCCGUCAACGCCACACAAAGUUGGUCUUAACUACGAUGAGCGGUACGCAUUCGCGUAUUUCCACGAACCGAACUUUUCGUCGGUCAUCAAGACCUUGCCAGAAUUUCAAGACAAGAAAGAGACAGUUGAUAAAUCAGAAAUGAUCCACUAUGGAACUCAUUUCACUGAUAUGUUCAUGCGGAAUUAUCCUGAGCGAAUCACAGCAGACAGGAUCCGCGAGGAGGGCAGGCUGGAUAUUUUGGCGGGGCUGAAGGAGAAGGCUUUGAACAGCCCCAGCUUGUAAAAAGUUAUAUAUUGGCGUUGGCUUGAGUAUGGGUAUCUUCAAUUACAUU